GGCGCCUCGCAGACUUCGCUGUCCUGACUGCAAACGGGAAUGAAGCGCUCGGCGAUGGGGCUCCGUACGGGAAGGGGCGCUCGUAUCCCCUAUUUUGGUCUCUGACAGAAAAGAAAGAAAGAAAUAAAAGAAAGAAAAGAGCAACAUCGAGUCACUGUUAGUUUCAUCCGAAACGAUGGGCUUUUGACACUUAUUGCCGACAUCUGAAAACAUAUAUAUUUAUAUUGCCGGGACACCGUCGCCAAUGAGGGCAGGAUAGUAGGAAGAGCAGUUGUGAUCCCAAGCAGCCAUCAAAAUACCUAAGGAACAAAAGGAAAGGAAGCCACGAAGGAUCUUCCCUGGUCAUUGUCUACAAGGGAUGUCAAAGAAAGUGCCGCCAAAGAGUACCACCCCUCAGGGCUGUAGCCAGUCCCCACCUGAGAUGAUCUGAAGAUGACCUCAGGUGCCAUGAAGGGGUUAGGAGCCAACCGCAGCCGGCACCUGUCCGAAUCCUGCGACCUGUCAGACUGUUCCCCGGGACCCCUGUACUCGACCGGCACACUCCCCCGAAGCCCCUACCUUCUGAGUCCCACCAUGGACCACUACGGCACUAUGGAUCCCCACCAUUUUGUCUCCCCCAACCCUGGCACCCUUCCACCUGAAUGCCUUUUGCCCCUGAGUAACCAGAUUUCGAACAGCAGCACCUUCCCCCGAAUCCACUACAACUCCCACUUCGACCAGGCUGACUUCUCACCCGUGUCCAUGCCAGCCGGGGACAGCAUCGGGGGCAUCGGGACGGGCACCCUGGGUGGCCCCAUGUCUAUGGGCAUGAGCCCCACCAUCACCAGUAGCUCGGCCGUCAUAUCGCCGAGCGGGAAGAUGAACCGGCUGCCUGCCAACCUGCUGGACCAGUUUGAGAAGCAGCUGCCCGCCCACCGUGACGGUUUCAGCACCCUGCAGUUCCACCGCAGCGGCGCAUCCAAGCAGCGCGGCGACAGUCCCGGCCGCAUACGCUACCUGGUCAACUCGGUGCAGAAGCUCUUCGCCAAGUCCCAGUCCCUGGAGGUUUCUGGAAAAGGUCACACCAACGGGCGCUUCUCCGCAGGCUCCGGAGGCUCAGCCGGGGACAGCAAGCAUGCGCGCCGCAGCAAAAGCAAAGAGCGCCCCCCGAAGGCCGAGCCCCCCAAGCGCCGACCGCGGUCCAACAUGUCUGGCUACUGGAGCUCCGAUGACCUGGACAGUGACACUAGUAACUACCGCAGCCCCAUGAUGAGCUUGGACCAGUCCACGGUGGACGGCCAAGCCUCCAAGUACUUCAUGAACUCCUACAACACCAUCGACAAGCACACACUCAAGGGCUCCAAGAGCAACAACAACCUCAAGAACCAGGCGUGCCUGGCGAUAUCUGCUCCUGGGGGUGGCCCCCCCCGGGCCAUCAGCUCUGGGCUGGAUGCCGACUUCCUGAAGGGCGGCUCUUGGUCCACCUUGACCCUCAGCCAGGCUCGGCAGAUGUGUCAGAGGGGCUCGGCCACCAUCGACAGAGCAAUGCUGACCAAGUCCAAGUCCUGCACCCAAGACCUGACCUGCCACUAUUUGCAGGUCCCUCCUGAGGACUGGAACAGCACCUUGGGCAGAGGCAGCAGCUCCGGUGAGAUCCCCUGCCGGCGGAUGCGCAGCGGCAGCUACGUGAAGGCCAUGGGGGACCUGGAAGACAGCGACGACUCUGAGAGCAGUCCCAAGCCCUCACCCAAGAUGGCAGCCCGCCGGCAGAGCUACCUGAAGGCUACGCAGCACUCGCUCAGCGACCAGCUGCCCUCCCGCAACAGAGCUUGGGGCUGCACAAUGCUGCAUGGGGAUCUAGAGCCAAUGUGGUCUCCAAUGCAAAGUGUGUCCUCUCUACAUCAGCUGGGCAGCUGUCUUCCUUCUCUGAGGGAGCUUUCCACCAACCGCAGCCUGGACAACCUGGACUGCUUCGGAGGGCCUACCGGCUCGCCCUUUUUGCAGUGGGACGAUGAAGACUUCAGUCGGACCUGCAGCACACUGGGGAAGAGCAGCUGCCACAGCCAGGUUCGGGAAUUGGAGGUAAGCCACCGAUAUGAGGAGACCUGCUCCGAGUCGGUCUUCGGCGAGUCCGACUCCCAGGCCGUCGAGGCUCUGGACCUCCCGCUGCCCCCCUCCUUCCGGUCACGCAGCCAUAGCUACCUGCGUGCCAUCCAGGCAGGCUGCUCACAGGACGACGACACCGCCUCGCUGGACUCCGACUCACCCCCACCUACUGCCACUACCGUCCGCACCUACAGUACAAGCACCAUGUCCACAUGUAUAACCACUUGUAAGAAGGCAGCCCCGCCCCCAGUCCCUCCACGCACCACCUCCAAGCCCUUCGUCUCAGUGACGGUGCAGAGCAGCACCGAGUCAGCCCAGGACACCUACCUGGACAGCCAGGACCACAAGAGUGAAGCGAACAGCCAGUCGGGUCGGAGCAACUCCUCGGACAGUCUGAGCAGCGGCACGCGAGCCGGCGGCGCGCCCAAAGGCGCCCAAGUGCAGCUCCCGCUCGCCUCCUGCCGCGACGCCCGUUCACUCCGCAGCCCCCCCGAGGAGCCCAAGCAUGUCGCCUUGACAGUUGACGAACCCCGAGCCAACCCCGUGCCUAGACGGAAGCUCUCAUCAAUCGGCAUACAGGUGGACUGUGCCCUCCCAGCCCAGAGGGAGGAAACCCCCCCAUUAAGCAAGUUCCAGUCUAUUGGAGUACAAGUAGAGGAUAGUUGGCAGCUCAGCCGGUCCAGCAGCAUGGCCUCCAAACCAGAGACAGACUCAGAUACACAGGAGAUCAUCGUCCCCAAACCCGCCAUCAAGAACCUGGUGAACAGUGCCUGCCAGUCCACGGACUCGCCGGGUCGGCACAAGCAGGCUGACGCAGACGGCGAUGCAAGCGGGGCUCUGCGCCAGUUGUCCGGCCGCAUCACCACGCAGAGCGGUUCCACUUCCUUCUCCGAGUCGCUGGACCCUGCACUGGACCCGUCCUCGUUACCGCCGCCCGAUCCGUGGCUGGAGAGCGGGAACAACAGCUCCCCCGGUGGGCCGCCGCAGCCCAACGUGCCUGCAUGCCGCCGUGACGGCCACUGGUUCCUCAAGCUCCUGCAGGCGGAGACGGCACGCAUGGAGGGCUGGUGCCAGCAGAUGGAGCAGGAGACCAAAGACCACCAGUUGUCAGAGGAGGUCUUGGGGAAGAUCCGCAGCGCAGUGGGCAGCGCCCAGCUACUCAUGUCUCAGAAGUUCCAGCAGUUCCGAGGACUCUGCCAGCAGAACUUGAACGUCAACGCCAACCCACGGCCUACUGCUCAGGACCUAGCCGGGUUCUGGGACCUGCUGCAGCUCUCCAUAGAGGACAUCAGCAUGAAGUUUGACGAGCUCUACCACCUCAAGUCCAACGACUGGCAGCCGGCUGACUCUGCAGACAAGAAGGAGGACAAGAAGCAGCCACCCCCCGUGCCAAAGAAGCCGGUGAAGGCCAGGCCGGCAACGGCGAAGGAGAAGGCCACGGACGCCGCAGACAAGCAGCGGCAGGAGGCCCGCAAGAGGUUGAUGGCGGCCAAGCGGGCAGCCUCGGGCAGGCAGAACUCAGCCACGGAGAGCGCGGACAGUAUCGAGAUCUACGUCCCCGAGGCCCAGACACGGCUCUGAGGAGCGGCGGGGAGGCCCGGGUCCAGGCCCAGGUCCACCGCCUCGCCGAGGACACGGGGGGUAGGGCCGGUCCCUGGCGGCACAGAACGGGAAAUUGAAAUCACUUCUGGGAAAUACGUGCACAAAAAACAAAAUGUGUAAAUAAACUCCUUUUACUUGGUUGCCACGAAGAAAAAAAAAAACCUCAAGACUUUGAUAUUAUUAUUAUUAUUAUUAUUAUUAUUGAUGACGAUAAUGUUAUAUUGUUAUCUUCUAAUCUAUAUCAGACGGUCUUAAAUAUCAUAAUAUCUUGCAUAGGGGCUCUCCUCCCACAUGGAUGUUGACGUUCCUCUUUCCAGCUGCAACACCCCCCCCCCCACACACACACACACACACACUACUGCCACACAGAUGGCAGUUGAAUGCCACCCCACGCAUCCCUUUACAAUAGAAUGUGUGCAUCCUCAUACACACACACACACACACACACAAUAUGGCCUAUGCUCAGCUAUGAUCUUUGUCUUCCUGUAAGCAGUACCUGCCAGCUUCCGGGUGCCUCUGCUACAGGGGAGGGUGUAAAGCAGACCGACAGAACAGUAGGACCAAUUGCAGAUCAGACUGGGGGAGGGAAUAUAUAGUGUGACAUUACUUAUCUGUAUGCAGGAAAAAUCUUUUUUUUUUUUUUUAUUUCAGACUGACAGAGCUGUAGGACCAAUCAGAGACCCCAUCUGAUGGACCUUGUCAGUAUGUGGAAGGAUUUAAGAAGCUGUAGAACCAAUCAAAUGGGCCAAAACAAACACUGCAACACGCUGUAUUAUUGUAUGUACAUCCAAACUGACAGCUGUAGGAUGGCAGAAGGAGGAAAACCGCUGUGAUCCUUUUUUAAUUCACCCAAUCAAGCUUCUAGCUUCUCACAUCCUUUCAGCACAGUCUUUAUCAUUUUUGCAUCUUGUUUUGCUGUAUUCAUCCCACUCUGCUGUCACAGUUGCAGGAAUGGCGCCACACUCUUCAUUUUCACAUCCCGUGUCCUUCAGCUCUUCAGAGAGAUGUGGCUCCUUCACAGCCACAACCCAUUGGGAUACGUUUAGUUUGUUUCGUGAUGUGCCCGUCCCUAUCAUACGUGCAUCGCAAACUCCGCCCUCAUUAAAAUCACUUCCAUUACAGCUAUGCUAGGGUCUGGCCAAUGAUUUUCUGAUUGAAAGUUUGCCACGUUCCCAUUGUUGCACUAGAUGCGUUUCCAGCUGGAAACAAAUGUAGAUGCAUUGCAACUGUGGAAGAUGCUUAUGUUUGUCUACUUUCGAAAAUGUCAACCAGGAGUGCGUCUCCCAGCACUGCCUAUGUUGAUCCCUGGUUAUACAAGGCCACCCAUGUUCCAGACAGUUCCAGUGCAUCAGCAACAAGGCAGUUCAUUCACGUAUGCCCCGGACUCUUGGUCAUUUUCACAGGCCACAGUAGUGUCUGUGUGUGUACCACGUGCCAUUCAUUCCUCUCGGUUUUAAUCACCAGAAAAGAAUGGGACAACUAGGAUAGAUUUGGGUGCGAGUACCAGAAUAUGGACCAAUAAAUGAAUUUUUUUUUUCUGUAA